AUGUGGGGAGGAAGCAAACUAAGCUCCUCCGGGAGCCGAAUUUUAGAAGGACUUAGAUUGGGAUUCCAGAGGACACAGGCUGACUCUUCUCGCUUAACUACGUCGGCGGUUUAUCCAAAGAAUCAGCUCAGUUGGAUUCCACAAAUUAAACCAUGGGUUUUCAAUGAAAACAGAAUCAUGUGGUUCAAAUCCUAUAGCAUGACUUUUGCCUGCCUGAAUUGGAUGAAAAUUUAUAGGCUCCCUUGGACAAGACCAUACAGUACUUCACAGACCACUGUAGACACGAGUGAAGUGAAGACCUUCCUGGCCCUGGCUCACAAGUGGUGGGACGAGCAAGGAGUAUAUGCACCCCUGCACUCUAUGAAUGACCUGAGGGUGCCAUUCAUUAGAGAUAAUCUUUUAAGAACAGUUGCUGAUCACCAGCCAGGAAAACCUUUGUCUGGGAUGAAGAUUCUUGAUGUUGGUUGUGGUGGUGGCUUGUUAACAGAACCUCUAGGGCGGCUUGGGGCUUCGGUUAUUGGAAUCGAUCCUGUGGAUGAGAACAUUAAAACAGCACAGCACCAUAAGUCAUUCGACCCAGUCCUGGAUAAGAGGAUAGAGUACAGAACGUGUUCCCUGGAGGAGAUUGUGAAAGACACUGUGGAGACGUUUGAUGCUGUCGUAGCUUCUGAAGUUGUUGAACAUGUGAUUGAUCUAGAAACAUUUAUACAGUGCUGCUUUCAAGUGUUAAAGCCUGAGGGUUCUUUAUUCAUUACUACAAUCAACAAAACACAGCUGUCCUAUGCCUUGGGAAUUGUUUUCUCAGAGCAAAUUGCAGGUAUUGUACCAAAAGGUACUCAUACCUGGGAGAAGUUUGUUUCACCUGAAAAGCUAGAGAGCAUUCUGGAAUCAAAUGGUCUGUCAGUUCAGACUGUGGUGGGAAUGCUCUACAACCCCUUCUCAGGUUACUGGCAUUGGAGUGAAAACACGAGCCUUAACUAUGCAGCUCAUGCCCUGAAAUCCAGCCUCCAGGAACACCCAGCGCCUGCCGAGUUUGCUUUAAAGGGGGAAACAGAAGAGCUCCAAGCUGAAGCCUCCACCAACACAGGUGUGCAGGAAGAGCUGAAGAAAUGAAGUGUUUCUAAGGACUGUAGUAUAAUGGCUUGAAGGUCUGAUGUUUACAAAUACACAAAAUAUAUACUGUUUGUUUUUUGAGACAGGAUCAUAAAGAAAAAGUCAAUAAAAAGGGCUAAAACCUAGAUAAAAGCCUUUGCUGUUUCAUCUAAUAACUACUUUCAAGGGAUUAUUCUGUGGAUAAAAAACAUUUUGAUGAGGUAUUAUGUGAUCUAGAAGUUUAAGUUCCUCACCCGUUGUUACAUGAUGAUUAUUUAAUUGCUAAGUUGUGUCUGACUCUUGCUACUCCAUGGACUGUAGCCCUCCAGGCUCCUCUGUCCAUGGAAUUUCCCAGGCAAAAAUACUGGAGUGGGUUGCUAUUUCCUUUUCCAGGGGAUCUUCCUAAUCCAGGAUUCAAACCUGUCUCCUGCAUUGCAAGGAGAUUCUUCACUGAGCAACCCUGGGAAGGCUUUGUCAUAUAAUUAGGGUAUACAUGUUUCACUUCACCUUACAGAUUAUAUAACAUUUUCCCCACGUGUAUGCACACACACACAUAUAUAUAUAUAUACUGUAAUAUGUUUUAAUUUCA